AUGGAGAACCAGCUGGGAGCAGCCGCGCCCCAAGUCCAGCGCCGGGUCGAGGCGACAAAGAUCCGUUUCUGGGAGGAGGCGGCGCCGGCGCGCAAAUUCGCGGUGCUCGUGACGUGCUACGUGAUGCGUUCCUUCGAGUUCUGGAAGCGCGGCGACCAGGGGCCGCAGGACGUGCUCGCGGAGGAGCACCCCGCCGGGAGAAUCCCGACGAUGUUCGCCAUCACCGACCUCGCGCCGCUUCGGAGCGCCGUCGCCUGCCGCGACGCCCUCCGCGGGAUGCUGGCGGCGCUACCGCAGCUCCGGUCGCUGCGCCUCGCGGAACACGAGUGGGACGCCGUCGUCCCCGGGGACGUCGUUUCGGAGAUCGUUGGCGCGGCGCUCCGCGGCGACGGCUUCACAUUCUGCCUCAAGAUGAAGGUGCGGUGCCGGCUGAUACACGACGAGCUGGCUCUCCUGAUGGCGUGCAAGCAGUGGCCGGCGUCGACGCCGCCUAGAGAGAAGGAGUGCUCGAUCUGCGUCGAGGGACUGGAGCGAGAGUUCGCCGUGGAGCUUCCGGGCUGCAAGCACGCGUUCCACCGUCGGUGCAUUUCCAACUGGUUCUUCAAGGCGCCGACGUGCCCCAUGUGCCGGGAGGACGUCUGGGACUCUGCCCUACCGGAGUUCAUUGAAAUGGCCUCCACCAGCGAGCCGGCUCAAGGCACAGCAGCAGUGCCCGAUCUUGAGUAG